GGAAGACAGCGCUCGCGAGGCUCUGGGCCGGGACACCCUAAGCGUCACCGAGCCCCGAGGCCAACCAGAGUUUCCCAGCAACUUUUCUCUCUGGAGCUGUGACAAGUGCCUUCCACCAGUCUGAGCUGUGAGUGGCCGGUGGAGAGAGAGGCCCACCCAGGAAGCCACCCCACCAUGAGUCUGUGGGAGCUUGAAGACGGCCACAGCUGCCGAGGGACCCCCAGGCCGGCCCAGGAGUCCACGGCUGAGGAGGCAAGGACUGCAGAGCUGCAGAUGAAGGUUGACUUCUUCCGGAAGCUGGGCUACUCAUCUGCUGAGAUCCACAGUGUCCUGCAGAAGCUGGGGGUCCAGGCAGACACCAACACUGUGCUGGGCGAGCUGGUGAAACAUGGGUCAGCGGCCGAGCGGGAGCGCCAGGCAUCGCCGGACCCUUGCCCUCAGCUGCCUCUGGUCCCCCGGGGCGGGGGCAACCCCAAGGCCCCCAUCCUGGAGCCCUCUCCCCCCGAGGAGGACAAGGAGGGCAGUGACCUGAGGCCUGUGGUCAUCGAUGGGAGCAACGUGGCCAUGAGCCACGGGAACAAGGAGGUCUUCUCUUGUCGGGGUAUCCUCCUGGCAGUGAACUGGUUUCUGGAGCGGGGCCACACAGACAUCACAGUGUUUGUACCAUCUUGGAGGAAGGAGCAGCCUCGGCCCGAUGUGCCCAUCACAGACCAGCAUAUCCUGCGGGACCUGGAGAAGAAGAAGAUCCUGGUGUUCACGCCGUCGAGGCGUGUGGGCGGCAAGCGCGUGGUCUGCUAUGACGACCGCUUCAUCGUGAAGCUGGCCUUCGAGUCCGAUGGCAUCGUGGUCUCUAAUGACACUUACCGGGACCUCCAGGGCGAGCGGCAGGAGUGGAAGCGCUUCAUCGAGGAGCGGCUGCUCAUGUACUCCUUCGUCAACGACAAGUUCAUGCCCCCUGAUGACCCCUUGGGCCGUCACGGGCCGAGCCUGGACAACUUCCUGCGUAAGAAGCCACUCAUGGCCGAGCACAGGAAGCAGCCGUGUCCCUAUGGGAGGAAAUGCACCUAUGGGAUCAAGUGCCGAUUCUUCCACCCCGAGCGGCCAAGCCGGCCCCAGCGCUCUGUGGCUGACGAGCUCCGUGCCAACGCCCUCCUCUCGCCCCCCAGGCCGCCGAGCAAGGAGAAAAGUGGCCGGCGGCCUUCACCUUCCUCUCAGCCCGGCUCUCUGCCAACAGAGCACGAGCAGUGCAGCCCGGAUGGGAAGAAGCUGGGGGCCCAGGCAUCCCCGGGAACCCCCCGGAAAGGCCUGACACAGACCUUCAACCCAGCAGGCAGGAGCCUCCCACCUAGUGGGGGCAGUGGCAGCAGCUUUGGGCCCUCGGACUGGUUCCCGCAGACCCUGGACUCUCUCCCGUAUACCUCCCAGGAUUGCCUGGACUCGGGCAUUGGCUCCCUGGAGAGCCAGAUGUCAGAACUCUGGGGGAUUCGAGGAGGCGGCCCUGCUGAGCCGGGCCCACCUCGGGGCCCUUAUGCCGGCUACCGCCCCUAUGGGGCCGAGCUCCCCACCACUCCGGCCUUCUCUGCCUUCGGCCGGGCCGUGGGUGCUGGCCACUUCAGCGUCCCUGCUGACUACGCACCCCCGCCAGCUGCCUUUCCACCUCGAGAGUACUGGUCUGAGCCGUACCAGCUGCCCCCAACCACCCCAGUCCUGCAGGAGCCCCGGGUGCCGGGCCCAGGGGCUGACAGGGGCCCCUGGGGCGGGGCGGGCAGCCUAGCCAAGGAGCGAGCCAGCGUGUACACCAAGCUGUGCGGCGUCUUCCCCCCGCACCUGGUGGAGGCUGUGAUGGGGCGCUUCCCGCAGCUCCUGGACCCCCAGCAGCUGGCCGCCGAGAUCCUCUCCUACAAGUCCCAGCACCACAGCGAGUAAGCCGGCCAGCCGCCCGGGCAGCACCUCCGGCCUCCGAGGGCUGCCGGGCUGGGCUUUGAGCCUUCGAGCAGCCCAGCCCCGGCCCCAGCCUGGAGGCUGCGCAGAGGGAGGAUUCGAGUAGGGAAGAGAACCCACAAACCAAAGAUACUGUAGGAUUGGUUCUGGCACCUCUAGGCGUCCGCCAAGGGGUCAGGAGCGAUCGCCCUGUUGAUGCACAUUGUGUCUGUAGUUCAAGGAGACGCUGCCGGUAACGGCUGUCAGUCCGUGGCUGAGGCCCAAACCCUCCUUCCUCUCAGAGGGCGGGGAGGGAGGCAGCGGGGAGCAGAGGCCUGGGCUGGGGGCCCUCUGCACGGCCCCCCACCUCCGCCCCGUCCCUGGGAUGCCGGCCUUGGCCGGCUCGUUGGGCACCGUGUGCCCGCCCUCCGUGGGCCCUCCUCUAAGCCAAUGAGGCCUCGUCCGUGCUCUAGCGGGCACGGGGCUUCAUGUUAGUAAGCAAGAUGCUUCUUAAUAACCCACUUCCACUUCCGUCCCACUCUGUGCUCCUAUCCCAUCGCUCCUGCAGGGUCAAGGGCACUCUGCCCCACCCUCUCCUCCUCCCCCCUUCCUCUGUGUUCAGAGCCAUCUCGCCCUUCCCCAGGGGGGGACAUGUGUAUGUGUGUGUACAGGUGUAAAUGUUA